CACUAUGACGGAUGCCUUGCCGUCGUUUCCUUACAUGCUCGAUGUUAAUUUCCGGCGCAUUCCGCAGCGCUAGCUCUGACGCGUAAAAGUAACGUCACGCUGUACGUUUUAACCAGGCCGUGUUAAAAAUACAGAGCGUCCUCGGGUUCGGUACAGCUCACAGCUCUCUCCGAGCCUCUCUGACGCUGCAGGAUUCCCUCGAAAGACGCACAGCCGAGUUCCUUUUAAUUAUACAGCCAGCCGUAAUGUCCAGUCAGGGAGGAGAGGCGAGGCGAGGCGAGGCGAGCGCGACAGUGAUGAGGAGAGGAACCCUCAAGAGAAUCCUAGAUUCAACACGGGCAAUCAUGAGCCUUUGGAUCAGAUAAUCCAACUAAAGGGUAAACGGGGCAGAUGUUCAGAGUCGAGUCGAUCGAUAAAGACAGGAGAACAGGAGCUGGGUUCGACGGCUCUAGGAGUCUUAUAAGAAAGAGAUAGUCCACCUUUAAAAAAAACAAAAACCCCAUUCGAUAUGUUCAUGUUGAAAUUCUAAGCACUUAAGGGAUCGCGUGAUUACAAAAUACAUUUCGGACGCGGCUAACACGUGCUGUCUUCCGUCAGAGUAUUCCUUUCUGUCUGGAUUUCAUUUCCAUUUGAUUUCACACAGUAUUUUCUGUCUACAGUCAUUUGGUCAUCGAUCGUCACUUUCACUCGUUUCACUUAUUAAUAAAUUAGAGGAAUUCUUCUCUGCCUCUUUUGUUCCACCACUGGACCACAGGAGAACGGUGCAUUGUGUUGGUGAUAAUGUACCUGACGGAUGAAGGGAAGGUUCGUGCACCAUGUGAUACGCCUGGUAAUGUGUUUUAUUGUCAGAGUGACACCUGACCUCUCUGUGUUGUGUAUCAGUGUGUGUGCGUGUGUAUAAAAUAGAGAAGGGUGUCACCUUGAGCGUCUCAGUCUAACAAAGUGGACCGGCAGCUUAGCGCGUCUCCUAUACUUCUAAUAGUAGAAUGGAAAUCCGUGUAUAAUAUUAAUAGAGUGCAUGCACUGCUGGGUUAUUUAUUUAUUUAUUUAUUUCCGUGUGCACCAGGUCCACUACGAAGUGCACGUCUGAAGCCCCCUCAGCAGGGACUGAAGGUCAUGACUAAGCCGGGAUUUCCGGACCGCGUGUACGAGCGAGCGGCCGACGCUUUCCGAGCAUCCUGCGUGGAGAAGACCCUGGUUUACAGGUAUGCCAGUUAUGCCCCCGUCCCGCACCCGGCUGCCGGAGACACUGGGAACGAGAACCACGCGAAGCAAAACGAGCUUUGGGCUUACGAGCUGGCAUUCAACACUCUGAAAUUCCAAGCGCUGCUGGAGGACGUCCUGAUCGACAGCUGCUUCCAAGCGACGCGACGAAUGCCGGAUGAUCUCAUGGCCCUGGCGAUGGUCAUGCUGUAUGACCUGCAGGACAGGAAGUUCCAGCCCAGAGAGCCAAUGACAGGAGAAGGGGAGGGGCUUGUAGAGGAAGUAAGGCUGGUGGAGGAUAGCCUCUUCAGAUUUAGGACUAAGCUUGCGGCGUCUCUGGCUCGCUUCCGAAUCAAGCAGGAUCUGGUGUGUAUCGAUGACAUUCUGCCAAAAAGUGUGAAGGAAAAGCACCAGAGAAAACACAAACUACCCACCUGUGCCUGGGUCAACACUCUCAAGAGCAGGUACACACACACACACACACGUCUAUACUGUCCGACUAACAUGUGCCACGUACACGUGCCACAUGUGUACGCACACUUUGUUCUCCGCAGCGUGGAUGAAGUGUGUGUGACGCUGAAGACGCAGGGCUUCGUCCAGGUGGAUCCACACACACACCUGGAAGGGAGAGUGUUCUGUAAGGACACACACUGUCCCGAUGUCCUGCUGUUUCCACGCCAAGCGCCAGAACUUCGAGACAAGACGACGCUGUUACUGGAUCGCACGCUUAUAAUACAGGAGAAGUCCCGCAGUCUGGCCGUGUGCGCACUGCGCCCCCUGUUGGCCAAAAACACGGAUAUUCUGUUAGCGGGGUCGUUCUCUGCGCACACCGUAGCUCACGUCGGCGUCCAGGCGUCGGUCUUUUCCAACCACGUCUACGUCUGCGGGCUUCCUGCCGACUCCGCCCUCAGGGAGGAGCUACACGUGACGCUCUCUCGCAUUGGCUGCAAAAACGUACGCUUGCUGCCUGAACGACUUGCUGAGCUGAGCGAAGGCGAUUCGCGUCUCCAGAAGGUUCGAGUCGUUCUCGUGCUCCCCCGCUGCACAGCUUCAGCACUCAGUGACCCCAUAGCGCAUAUCGUUAACGAGGACGGAGCAGACAGGAAGCUGCUGCAGGAUCUGUCUCAGGGCGCGGUGUCCGACGCAAAUCUGGAGCCCCUGAUCCACAAUCAGAUACACGACCUGAGCCACGCCCUGACCUUUCCCAAGGUGCACGGCGUGGUCUACUGCACGUGCUCGGUGUAUGCCGAGGAGAACGAGCUGGUGGUGAAGAGCGCGCUCAAGAACGCCGCUGCCAGGACCAAGUUACGGCCGUUCAGGAUAGUAUCUACAGGAUGGACGGAUGAGGAGACGUUCUUAAGACUGCAGGCUUCGGACACCGGCGAGGGCUGCUUCCUCUGCGUGCUGAAGCGAGAGGAAGCAGAAACCGUACAGAACAUACUGGCACGUGCAGCGGCGAAAGGUCUCCUGAACGGACUGGCACUUCAUGAAAAACUCAAGAAAACGAGGACGAAAGACAAACAAGGCGGAGCUCCGACGACUCCUCCUCUUCCUCCUCAACCUGACCCCUCGCUCACCAGCGCCCCAAGUGUUUCUGAACAGCUUCCCGUUGACCCCCCUCUCCCAGAAGCUGCCCUAGAACACGCCCGCCGUCCUGCGCAUCCGAAUCACGCUUCGGCCGCCGGACCCGUAGAGAAUCGGGCUUCCGAGGCGGCGCGUCGGUACAAAAAGAUCCGCAGGCGGAAAUCUAGAGCGUCGAGACGCGGGGCGAAAACCAAGAAGCCCAGGACGCGGUCGUCUCGUAAGAAAGCGCCUCGCCCUCGCGUUCGACCUGCGGAAGACGUGGCUCCGUGACUAAAACCCGGACGAGUUUACGAUAGAAAUAAAGAGAAAGGAAGGGGUUAGUGUUUCUGAUAUGCCGUUUAUUCUCACAACAGAUUACAUUUAGUAUGGGGGGUACAAAGUAGUGUAGAGGAGAAGAAGCCAUUGUUUCCACAAGAAUUCAACUGUGUGUGCGUGAGUGUGUGUGUGUGUGUGUGUGUGUGUGUGUGUGUGAGUACCCAGGAAGUCAUAUCUCUACUGAAUCUAAAUCCCGUGAAUCUGCACGCUCCUCUGUGGUCCUGUUCCAGAGAUUGGAACAAGGUCCGGUGAGAACACUGAAAAAAAAUGAGGGGAAGCUGUGCAAAAAAACGAAAAACAGUUAAACGCGUCAAACAUGUCGAAUUCGAGUGUGAAGAACAAAAUGGCCGACGAAAACGACAAAUCAAAAUGUAAAAACAAAGUGUUUUCGAAGCCACUUCAACAAUACCUCAUAACAGUUCCCUCCCCAAAAUAGCUCAGCGACCCGGUUUCGUUAUUUCUCGUCGUGGAGCGAUUUCUUUAGUGCGAGCCACGGUCGAGAGAACGUCCGAGCGCAGGUUACGUACGGAUAUAAAAUAGAAUAAAUAAAAUUUUAAAAAUCAUCUGUUCUGUUCCGGGCCAACGUCCUUCUGAAAUUGUCCCUCGACAUGCGACGCGAAAGGCGUCUCUCUUAUUUCUGAUUUCGCUUCGUUUUCCUCUCGAGCUAAAAGAAUGCAUAGAUUAGACACUUACGGCUCACGGCCCGAGCUCUCGUACGGCUAGUGUCUCUAGAAGACCCGUAAAAUAAAUUCUUUCCUCCCGCUCUUUUCCUCUCCGGCGGUUUAACACCACCACGUACAGCGAGUUGAACGUGUUCACGAGACGUCUGGAGGCAAAUCAUAUAC